AUGCCGCCCUUCAAGGAUGAGUGGGUUCUUAUCAUUGCGCCGGGGUCGAAAUACACAAAUGUGCAGCUUGGUCUACCAGAAAGCUUCACGCCUCCGCAGCGGCGGUUUGCGACGCGCAUGUUUCCUGGCUUGAAACCUGGAGAGUGGGAGCCUAUCAAGAUCGAAACGCGGCCGAAGGUCAAGAGCGAGGACGUAAAAACUACUGCGUCGCCGAACGGGGACGCAAAGACAGAGGGCAGCCUGGUCAAUGGCGAAUUAAAACCCCAAGAUAGGACUGGGCCCUCUACCGAUGUCGAAAUGUCUGAUGCGGCGCCGACGGAGGCGCCCAAACCUACAGCUGAGAAUGGCGAAUCUGCGCCUGUAGCAACAUCUACAGAGGCUAGUGCAGCGGAGGGUCAACCCGGGCCCGCAGAGACCGAGCCGGAGAUCGUGUACGAGGACGAUCCUUACUCGGAGGAGGGCGCAGUAUACCCCAUUGUCAAUGGUCGCGUUGAGAACUGGCCAUGUCUUUUCGCGCUGCUAUCACACAUCUGGAAGACCAUGGGACCUCACUUCGUUUCGCCGCUGCUGGUCGUAUCACAGCCGAGCUGGACGGAACGUGACAAGGAGAUGAUCACACAAUACUUCUUCGAAAAUCACAGGAUACCAGCAUUCUGCAUGAUGGACGCAGCACUUGCGGCAUGCUACGCCUACGGUGUGCCCAGCGCCCUGGUGGUGGACAUUGGCCUAGACAAAUGUGAUGUGUCUGCUGUGACCGACUAUCAGGUCAACGACUCUGGUCGUGCUGUUGCGCUCGAAGGCUGCGGUGGGCGAGCAUUAACGAAGCGAUUGCAGGAAGCGUUGAACAGAAAAGGAAUCGAAUGCGAUGAGUCAAUGGCCGAGGCUCUGAAGAAGAGCAGCAUCUGCGAGAUCCUAUUACCUGGCACCCCACUACCGAUAGGUUCGGCCGUUGCCCCGGCGGAGGUGCCGAACCCUGCCGCCGCGGCCAGCACUGGUGCUGUAGACUCAGGUAGCAACGCGAAGGAAGCAGACGGAGCACGGCCUGGCGAUGCGCCGAGGGGGCCAGGCAACAACACCGAAGUCGGCGAGGAUAAUGGUGACGAUGAGAAUGAGGGUGUGAUGGACGUGGCAAGCAUUGUCGCACAGAGCAAUGCUGCUGAGAUCGUGGCAAAGCGCGAGGCAGAAAGGGCUGCAAAGGCAGCUGCGAAGAAGGCCAAUCCAGCCGAAGGUCCUAAGCCAGUGAGAUUACGGAACUCUGAGAAAGUGAAUGCUACCUUCACGUAUGAAGAGGUGUUGCCACAUGGUACAACGGACGAGGACGGUAGCCGGAAACGCAAGCGAGAAGUCGAGGUUGGUGUCGAGCGGUUCAUGGCUGCUUACCCCUCGGAAGGCCAGACUGAUGGCAUUCUGGACACCAUUACGGCCGCCAUACACAGCACUGCUCUGGGUGUACCGGAUAUCCCUCUACGGUCGUCGUUAUGGGACAACCUGAUCAUCCUUGGCAAUGGUGCUAGGGCACGAGGCUUCACCACAGCAUUAAUCAGUCUGCUCUCCACACGGUAUACUCUAUCACCGUCAACUGCCACGAUCUUCACUUCUGAGCUACCUUCAAACUUUACCACGCCAGUCGCAACGCCAGGUACAAAUACUCCUGUUCCUGGUCAGCCGGGACAUCCCAUGCAUCACCCUGGGGGCCACGGCGUGAACCCGUUGCUCGUGGCUGCGACUCGAAAUGUCAUGCAACCCAACACACCACAACAUCAGCUCCAAGUGCCUGGACAGAUGACGGGGCAUGCUACACCUAUGAUGGACCCUCAUAUACAUCACUACCGCGGCUUCAGCCAGUCACCAACCUCGAUCAAGACGGUCAAGGUGCCGGACUACUUCCCGGAAUGGAAACAUGCGUCGGUAGCGGGCAUGGAGGAGGCGGCUUUCCUUGGCGCACAGGUGGCUGGAAAGGUGAUCUUCAUGGUAGACGCCGGCCAGAAUAAGGGCUUCAUGAGUCGGACAGAGUACAAUGACCUUGGCCCGGCUGGCAUUCACGAUUAUGCUAUGUGA